AUGUCCACACCAGCACUUUUGCCUCUGAUAGGAGACGAUGCAAGUGAAGCAGGUGAAUACUCGUCUGCCGGUGAAGAAGAUGUGUACAUGCCGAUCCAGCGAAUGGCGACUUUGGCCGAUUACGAGUUCAUGGACAAGUUGGGCCUGGGCACAUUUGGAGUGGUGCACAAGGCACGAGAUAAGAAAACAGGGCAGCUCGUGGCGAUGAAGCAGAUUCUAUAUCACCUGGUGAAAGAGGGGUUCCCCAUUACGGCGUUGCGAGAAAUCACGAUUUUGAAACAACUACACCAUGCCAACGUGUUGAGCGUGCAGCAGAUGAUAUUUGAAGAGCCCAAGGUCAAGGACAAGACCGAGUUGAUCACCCAGCGCGGGACGUUUUACACGGUUGCUCCCUACAUGACCAGUGACCUCGUGGGCCUACUCAAGAACCCCAACAUCCACUUGGAGUUGAGCCAGAUUAAGUGCUUGAUGCAGCAGCUUCUCACGGGUACUCAGUACAUACACGAUGCAAAUUUUUUACACCGCGACAUCAAAGCUGCAAACAUUCUCGUUGACCAAACGGGGGUUUUGAAAAUUGCCGAUUUUGGCUUGGCUCGACUAUACCACGGCACCGCGCCUCGUUUAGGCAUGGGGCCCGGAGGCGGCGAAAAGUCAUACACCAGCCUUGUGAUCACGAGGUGGUACCGGCCGCCCGAGAUCUUGCUCGGCGAAAGGAAAUACACCACUGCGGUUGAUCUAUGGGGAGUAGGAUGCGUGUUUGGCGAGUUGUUCACGGGCAACCCCAUAUUGCAGGGCAACACCGAUGCGCAACAGGCGCAGCUAAUCUUUGAGCUCGUGGGAUCCCCGAAAUCUUGGUCCGAGGCCGCCAAUUUGCCAAACAAGAACGAUUAUAACAUUGGAUUGGGCUGCCUGCGGAGCAUGGAAGCGAGAUUUGAAAAGAUUAUGCCUGCAUCGGGCGUCAGCUUGCUCAGUGGGCUUUUAACGUUGGACCCGUACAAGCGGUUGAACGCGUUGGAUGCUUUGAACCACGAGUUUUUCACGACGGAGCCGUUGCCGUUGCGCCCGGACCAGAUGCCGCGUUUCGAGGAGUGCCAUGAGAUUGACAAGGAGAGGUUUAAAACGAUACGGAACACAGCACGGCAUACCGUUUCUGAACGACACGUUAAUACGGGGCAAGCAGGCGGUGAUCGAUUUGAGAGAGUAAACAGGCAGGGAGACGAGAAAGUGGUAAGACAUGGACAUGAAGAUAACGGGUAUGAUGAGUUUAAUAGAAGGUCGUCGUACUCUCAACGAUAUAAUCCAUCUGGAACGUAUCCAGAGGAGCAGCCGUACCAAGAUGAGCGACAGUACCAAGAUGAACGAGUGUACCAAGACGAGCGACACUAUUAUGAGGAGGAAGACAUGGGUGGUUAUUACAACGAAGGGGCUGCAAACGAUUAUUACACACGCGGUGGUGGUGGUGGCGAAGAAAGCCACAACAAAAAAUACGAUGACAAUUAUGACCACGGGUACUACAAAACUAAUGACCGCCGGCAAAGGUACGAUUACCGAACGCGCAACCUGGAUAUGUCUUACGACCAACGGCGAAACCCAAGAGCAAACUACAACUCGUACGUUCCUAGAAGUCAGCAGACGGGUUCUUCCCAACGAUGGCGACAGGCUCCCAGCUUGAGGAAUUCUGGAGGGCAUCUAUACGAUACGGAGCCUCGUUUUCGUCAUCACCGAGACUCGCCAUCUCGAACUGUAAAUUUACGAACACAACCGCGGUACCAUGAUGAUGGCGAAGAAACACGUCGCUCAGCGCCCUAUACACUGCAUCCUACACAAGAAACCAGGCCGUCUGAUGCCCACUUACCAAAUAGACCAGAUGUCAAGAACCACCCACGUUCAACGAGCAAAGAGCCAAAUGGGAGAACGUCAAGAAAGGACACACCAGCCAUGAGUGAGAUGAAGGGGUCACACUACUCAGAUCACGCUUCCUCUGGUCCCUCGAGCACCUCUGGGAAAGAGCAAACCACAUCAAAGUCGAUAGAGAGAAUGUCGUCUGAUAAGCUGGAGAAGAAAAUAACAGCGGAGGGUGACAACACACAAUCGCAUAGGCGAUCAAGUGCAAACACACUACAAGCUGCUGAGAAUAGAAGCGGAAAGGACACCGAUAAGUCAUGCUUUUCACAGCAGCAGCAGCAAGCUUCGCGAUUGGAGCAGACGGAGCGACACGCGGCACCAUCAUCUCUUGGACUGUCUCUGAGCGCGUUGCUGCGUGACAUUUCCAAGCCGUCUAACCUGCGCACUCCAACUAUAACAACGGCUCGUCACACACUGGUUACUAAUGGUUUCAAAGACAACGGAGAAACCAAAUCUAACCUCGACGAGACACCAUCGGUGUUUAGACUGGGGAGCCAGAGUGCACCUCGCAGGAGUUUACCCAUAAAAAGGGAAACGACGGCCGAUAGAGAGAGCAAGCCUACACCUCUAACGCAGGGUAGGCAGCAGGUCCAUGUUAGAACAUCCACUCUGACAAAUGAACCCAGGAAAGAGCGUGCAGACGAGUCUAAUUUUGUCUCGGGAAAAGACAAAUUGAGGUUGGAUGAACAGCAGCGGCGAGGACAUGCUCAUAUUUCCGGAUCAAAUUUCGCCAGACAGAAACGCGGUUUCAAUUAUCUCGAGCAGCAGGAUAGUGACCUCAGCGACGUUGAUAUUGCUGGAACCUCCGACGAUGCACUUCAAAGGUUCAUACGUGAAGAGGACAUGAAAAAUGACCUGGUGCUGAGAAGAAUCAAGUCUGAAACUGUUUUUUUCAAAAAGGGGAAACGGUAG